AUGGAUAGAAGCUCUCAAUUAGAUGAAAUAGAUUCAUUACAAAGCAUCUAUUAUGCUGAAGAGUUUCAAGUUACUGACACUUCUAACCAAAAUGAACAAAUUCAAGCUAUUUUUUGGGCAUUUUGUAAACUUCCCGAAGAAUAUGCCAUUAAGUUUUUAUUAGUACCAGGAUCGCAUGAACCUUCCUAUUUAAAAGUUAAGCAUCUUCCUCCGAUCGAGUUAAGAUUAACUUUUCCUAAAGAUUAUCCUUCGAAAAAUCCUCCCAUAUUUGUUAUCAGUUGUAAGUGGCUUCCAAAAUCAAAGAUAAGUUUAUUGUGCAAAAAAUUGGAUGAAUUAUGGUCAGAAUAUGGACCAGUUGAAAUUGUAUACAUAUGGUGUGAUUUUUUAAAAAAUGAUGCAUUGAGUUUUUUGGGGUAUGAAAACGAAUUAGAUCUAAGAGAAUUAAAUAUUAAUUUAGCAGAAGACAAUGAAGUUUCAGAGGUAAGCUCUUCAAAGGAAAAUGUCGAUAAUAAAAGUAAUUAUGAAAAUAAUAUAACAAAUGGAAAAGAAAACCAGAGUAUUUCUGGUACAUCAUCUGAUGUAAAAAAUUCAAAGGCAUUCAAAGAAAUAUUGGAUUUAAACAUUAAAAUGUCUCCACUCAGAUUACUCGAAAAUUAUAAUAUCGAAAGAGAUAAAGUACAAUUUUUAAAAAAUUUUUAUACAUGUAAUAUCUGUUUCAGUGAUAAAAUAGGGAAAGAUUGUACAAAAUUUCAAGGCUGUAAUCAUGUUUUUUGUAUUAGUUGUAUUAAAAGUUAUUUCACUAUUAAAAUAAGAGAUGGAAUGGUACAAUCGAUAAAAUGCCCAGAAGACAAAUGUUCAACUGAAGCUUUACCAUCUCAAGUGAAAGAAAUCGUUUCCGAAGAAUUGUUUGCCAAAUAUGAUUCAGUUUUAUUAAACACAGCCUUAGAUACAUUAAGUGAUAUUAUAUACUGUCCGAGGCAAUUUUGCCAAUAUCCAGUUUCUUGGGAACCUAAAGAAAAAAUGGCGUCCUGUCCUAAUUGUCAAUAUGUUUUCUGCGUCACGUGUAAAAUGGUUUAUCACGGUAUCGAACCUUGUCAAUUUAAAUCAGUUAAAAAACUUAUCGAAGAAUACGAAAAUGCAUCGUAUGACGUAAAAGCUCAAUUGGAAAAUAAAUAUGGUAAAAAACAUUUGGAAACGCUGUUGAACAAUUCAAAAGCGGAAGCGUGGAUCAAAGACAACAGCAAAACAUGUCCGAAAUGCGAAGUUGCCAUCGAGAAAUCUCACGGUUGUAAUAAAAUGGUUUGUUGGAAAUGCAACGCGUAUUUUUGCUGGUUGUGCAGUGCUCUUCUCGAUGUAAACAAUCCUUACUUACACUUUAGAGAUCCCCAUUCAAAAUGUGCUAAUAAAUUAUUUUAUUUAGUACACGAUUUCGAUGACGAAGAAGAUGAUUGGGAUUGGUUGGAAAAUGAAUUUCCCGAUAUUUAUCUAGAAGGAAAUCACGGUGAUGAUGAUGAUGAUGAUUACGAUUACGAUUACGAUUACGAUGACGAAGAAGAUGAUGAUGAUGACGACGACGAAGAAGAAGAUGAAAAUGAUUUGGCACGUUUAGCUAAACAACCAUUAUAA